UACACAUAGCAAGAUUAACCCUACCAGUAUCCAUCUUCCAACGCACACACUACACGGAUCGACCGAAACCAAGAAAACAAGAGAAGCCCACCUCGCCAAAUCCAAAGAAUUCAUCGAUUGAUUUCUUCAAUGGAGGUCCCAGGUUCAUCUAAGAAGAUGAUAGCGACUCAGGAGGAGAUGGUGGAGGCCAAAGUGCCGAUUCCAUACAGAGACCAGUGUGCCCAUUUGCUGAUUCCCCUCAACAAGUGCCGGCAGGCGGAGUUCUACCUCCCAUGGAAGUGCGAGGCGGAGCGACACACUUACGAGAAGUGCGAGUACGAGCUCGUCAUGGAGCGGAUGCUGCAGAUGCAGAAGAUCCGCGAGCGGGAAGCGCAGUUGAAGGCCCCCCAGUCUGCUCAAUCCAUUCCCCUCGCCCCCAAAACUGCCAAUGCUUGAUUCUAAUUAUGAGGAUCGUCAAUAAUAUUUGGAGGAAGAAGCUGGAAAUGUUUGCAGUGGCGGAAGUGGUGGAGUUGAGUCAAAGCCUUUUCUGUUUUAUUUGUACAACAAUGUUAGUAUUAACUUUGAUUUUUCCCUUUCCUCAUGGUAAACCAGUUUCUAAUAAAUUUCAAACAUGAUUGUGCGCCAUGUGAUGAUAUCUAUGUCCAGGCUUUUUACGAAGAAUGAUUCUGUGUUAAAUUCUCAAUCAGUUACCCUGUCAGAAUGUUACUGAUGUUAUAUAUUGGAAGCUUUCAUGCUCUCUCGCAGUA